AUGCCUCCUCAAAAUCCUCUCAUACUCCCUAAUCCUCUCAUCCUGUCCCGCAACAACACACCGCUGCUCGUGCAACUCCCUCCUCAACCGCCGAUUCUGCUCCUCCACGCCAUCAUAUUUCCCCUCCCACGCACGCACAAUCCUCCUCAACUCCUCAAUCCUCUCCGCUACCCCGUGGCCCAACCCAUGUCCAAAGUGAUGGUGAUGCCCAUGCCUCAACCGCGCCGCCAGUUCUCUCUCGACCUUUUGCAGCUUAUGCCUCAGCCUCUCCACCUCCUGCAGAUACUUCCCCGCGUUCCCGCCCGAGCUGUCGAUAGUCCGCCGCAAACUGGCGUUGUCCUCGCGCAGGAGCUGGUUCUCCGCCUGCGCGGAAAUAAGCAGGGCCGAGAGGCGGCGGCCCUCAAUGUCCGAGGCUCGGAGGUCGCAUUUCAGGGUGUAGUUUUCGCGGGCGAGGGCGUCGUUUGCUUCGCGGAGCUUGCGCUCGCGGUCUAG